AUGACGGACGCAAUCCCGCAUCCAAAGUCCAUUCUUCGCGGCCACAAAGCCCAGGUCCACGCCCUUGUCUUUGUCCGCGGCAACGAGCGACUGGCUAGUGGAGAUGCAGAGGGUUUCGUCGUCCUCUGGGACCUCACCAUCAUGCGCCCAACGGCGGUAUGGAGACCACACGAGAAUGCCAUCUUAGGCAUCGAGGGCUGGGGGGACGAACGCAUCAUCACCCAUGGCCGGGAUCACAAGCUUGCCGUCUGGCAGUUGGGCCUCAAGGACGAGUCACAUCUCAGCAAGAAGCUCCCACUCGAUGAGACACCUGAACCAAGACCCCAACCCUGGCUGUUACACCUCAUCGAAGUCAACACCAUGAACUUCUGCUCCUUUGCUUCAUGUGCGCCUCUGCCUGGCGACGCGUCCGAGACUGCAGAUUUGCUACUAGCCGUACCGAACACGUUGGCUUCGGAAUCGGUCGACGUUUACGCGUUACCCUCGAAGAAACGACUUCACACUGUGAGAAGCACGGAAAAGAACGGCAUGGUCAUGGCCCUAGCCCUACUGUACGUCGACGGGACCUCGUCGAUAGGACCAUCCGCCAAUGGCCAGUUGACCCUCGUUGCCGCAUACGAGAACGGCUUGGCAACGGUCAUGCAGCUCGCCGGCGGAACAUGGAACACUACCUACUUGGCCCAAGUGCACAACCAGCCCAUUCUUUCGCUGGACGUCGUCGCCGACCAAGGCUACUUCCUGACUUCUGGUGCCGAUGCUGUGGUGGCGAAGCACCCAAUUCCAGGGCUUAACUCCGCCGUUGAUGGGAAUUUUGUCCGGCAGCCGCUGAAGAUCUUAAACACUAAACACUCGGGCCAACAGAGCUUGCGGAUCCGCGACGACAGCCGCAUCUUCGCAACUGCGGGUUGGGAUUCAACCGUUCGCGUGUACUCGGCCAAGACCCUUAAGGAGGUGGCUGCACUCAAAUGGCACCAGGCUGGGUGUUACGCCGUUGCGUUCGCCAACGUCAGCGCGACUUCUCGGACUGACGACACCCGAGACGCCUCGAGCGAUGCCAAUCAGCUUUCCCGCGAGCUUACCUCCUCUCGUGCGGGUCAGAUUAGCGUCAAGGACCGACGCUUACAGCAGGCUCGGAAUGCCCACUGGCUGGCGGCUGGGAGCAAGGACGGGAAAAUCUCCCUGUGGGACAUCUUCUAA